AUGUCAGCGCCGUCCCAUGAGGCUGGGAGCCCCGCAUCGAUCGAUCAGCAGCUGCGGCGGGCCCAAAAGAGGCUCGAGCAGUCUGAGGCGAAGCGCAACAAGCUUCUCGAGCAUCUGGAGGCUUUGAAGGAGAAGACUGUUGCCUUGCUGAGCGUGGCCGAGCGCAACAAGGAGCUGCAGCAGUCACUGGAAGAGGCGGCAGCGGCGCGGCAGCAGCUUGAGCAGCAGCUGGCCGAGGCGGUCGCGGCGCAGCACCGGGCGGAGGCGCAGGCAGCCAGCGCGCAGCGCAAGGCCCAGCAGCUUCAGCAGGCGGAGAGGCGGCAGCGGGCCAACGAGCCGCACCAGCACCCGCCCAUGCCGCCGCCGCCCAAGGCCGGCGCGCGGCAGCGUGCUGCCGCGGGCGCCGGCGGUGGCGGCGGCGCUGCGGCGGCGGCCGGGGGUGUUGCGGCGCUGCGCGGGGAGGUAGAGGACCUGCGACUCCAGGUACGGCGCCUGCAGGAGUCGCUGCGGCAGGUGGACGGCCGCGCGCAGCAGCACGCGUCGCGGCUCACCACGCACGGCACGCAGCUGCAGGCGCUGCAGAGGCAGCUCGGGCGGGGUGAGGGCGGCGGCGGCGGCGGCGGCGGCGGCGGCGGCGCGCUGCUGGGCGGCGCUGCGCAGAGCGGCGCGGACGCGGGCGUGAGCGCGGGCGCGUGGCAGCAGCUCGCGCUGGGGGAGCCUCAGUUGCAGCAGGUGGUGGCCGCAGUGCUGGCGCAGGUGAUGCCCGCGAUCGCCCCCAGCCUUGCACCUGGGCAGCAGGGGCGGCUGCAGCAGCUGCUGCAGCUGCCGCCCCAAUCGGGCGCCCAGCAGCACCCGCACCGCCAGCAGCCGUUGGCAGCCGGCGGCGGCAGCAGGGCCGCGUCGGUGGAACCAGAGUGCUGGAGCGGGGCUCCUAUCCCGAGGAAUGCGCAUGGGGCUACGCAGGCGGCCGCUCCCCCGCCGUGGGCGGGCGCGAGCCUGGCGUAUGCCAGCAGCGGCGCUGCGGCCGCGACGCACGCGCCGCCGGUGCGGACGCCGUCGUGCCACCCCGCGCACCACGGCGGAUGCGGCAGCAGCGGCGGCAGCCUCAGCAGCGUGAUGCACAGCGGCGCGACGCUGCAGGCGCCUGGCAGCCCGGGGCCGGCGUGGCCGGCGGGCGGCGGGGCCGGAGGCACGGGCAAUACAGAGGCGACUGCCGACGGAAGCGGGCAGGGCCGGGAACCAGGCACGGACAGAGGCGGGGGUGGGCUGUCGCUGGGGCUGGACAGCAGCAGCAGCAGCGAUGACGCGGAGGACGUGGCGCAGGAAGAUGAGAUUUGCAGCAGCGCCGGCGGCGGCCGAGACGGCGGGGCGCUGGCGCGCGUGGGCGGCAAGCGCACGGCCCCGUCGCCAGCGACGGGCAUGCAGGAGCGAGGGGAGAAGCGGCGCCCGCCGCCUGCGGGCCACGCGUCGCAGCAGCAGCAGCAGCAGCAGAGCAUGCUGCUGCGCGCAGGCCAGCUGCUCUCCCGCCUGCGCGCCCCGCCCGGCGGGCCCCGGUCCCCCAGCGACGCCCCCGAGUCCGCCGCCGCCGCCCUUGCGUCGGAGGUCGCCCCGGCCGCGUCCGCGGCAACGCUGGCGCAGGCGUUUCGCGCGGCGGCGCUGUCGGGCGCGGCGCCAGCGUGGGACAGCGCGCGCUUUGACGGCGAGCACGACCCAGAGGACCUGGGGGUGAUUGCCUGGGCCCCAGAUGCCAAGGCCGAGGCCGCGGCGCUGCGCCGCCUCGCGCGCUGCGCGCGGCUGCUGCUCGAGCGGCUCCCGCAGCCGGCCGCCGCGGGGCUCGUCACCGCGCUGGCCGCGCACCUGCGGGCGGCGCUCGGGACCGGCGGCGCCAGCGGCGGGGGUGGGGCCGGGGGCGGCACGGGGCAGGCUGCGGUGGGGGAGCGGCUGCCGCUUGCCUGCGCGGCGGCGGCGGCGCUGGCGGCGCUGCUGCGGGAGCUUGUGCGCGCUGACGAGGCGCGGGCGCUUGUCGCCCAUCUGCUGAGCGCGCAUCGACGGCCCCCCGCUGGGCCAGGCCGCAUGCCCGCGCUACCGCUCGUCCUUGCCGCGGCAGCCGCAUGGCCGCAGGCGCUGCUGCCCUCUGCGGCGGCGCCGGCGCCGGCGGGCGGUGCGGAAACGGCGGCGGCCGACCCGAGUCUUGCGGCGCUGCAUGCGGGACUGAGGGACGCGUGCGCGGCGGCGGUUGCGUCUGCUGAUGGCAGCGACGGCGACGAGGGCGGCGAGCAGGGGGGCGCAGGCGCUGCGACCGCGCCGCAGGGGCGCUGCCAGGCGGAGCGGUGGGCGGCGCAAGCGGACAUGGCUGCAGGGUUUGUCCUGCAGGCGGUCGGCCCCGGCUGGUGGGGCGCCGAGUGGGCGGAGGGGUAG